UUCAGAUCUUAUAUCUGUUUUAAUCAGUCAACCAAUUACUACCUAUCUAAUCACAUUUAUUCAUACGCUGUUGUUGACGUGCAGUGUACUGGUUCAUAUAAUCUCCUAGUGAAAUUGUGAUAGCAAAACCUAAUCGUGGUUGACCAAGUGUCGAACUUUUUUUCUCUUAUUGUUAUUGUUAAUAAUCAGUAAUUAGGUCCAUUCGUUUAAUUAUUCAGUCUGUUUAUUAGGUUUUUUUAGCUUUAUGGCACAUUGAAUAUCAUUUUUAAGGAUAGUCAAAAUAAAAGGAUAUACACCUGUCUUGUUCAAUCAGUAAUACUCCCAAUAAAUGUCGUUGGACAAGGAAAGAGAAAGGGAAAAACGCCCUUCAAAGCUUUUUGGAACAAGAAUAUCCUCUAUAUUCAGUUCACAUGGGAACUCCAGUCAAGAACACCUUAAUCCCCAGAGACAAGCACACCAAUCGUCGCAAUCUGCUAAUGACGGUUCUAAUCGAUCGAUAAAGCUGAAGAAUUCAAGUAACUCUUUGAAACCAUUGUCACGAGGACCAUUUUCCAAUUAUCUUCAUAAUCGUUCUAAUGCAUCAAUUGAUCUGAAAUCGAGCUCGUUUGUUUUCGACUCAAGAUCCCAUAGUUCCACUAAUCUCAAUCAACAUAAUCAUAAUAAUUCUUCCAGAGUUGGUUCUAAUGAUAUCAAUAAACAAGUGAAUCCAGCCCAAAUAAAUAUUAAUGUUACUUCACCAUCCACUUCUUUACAAGGGCCAUCAAAUGAUACCAUCAAGAAUCAAGCCUCGCCGGAUUCCCUUCAUGAAAUGCCUAAAUCUCCAAGAAGAAAACCUCCUCCUCCAAUGUUGGAUGAACCAAAUAGAAAUGCAAGACAGGAAUUGGAAAAAUUGCCUUCUUUAAGUAGAUUGAAUCAACCUUCUUUGCCGGCUUCAAAUAAAGCGGUCCACGAUGAUUUGAAUGAUAUAAUUGGUACUUUGGAACUGGAAAUUGGCUCAAUGAUGAAUAGAAAUAGUAUUCACAAAGAUCAACUUUCGGUUAAUGAUUCUCCUCAAAAACAAAAGCCAAAAGACGAAACUUCCCCAUUACCUGAACCACAAUCGUUUCUAUUUGACUCCCCUACUAAAUCAAUUGAUUUUAAUACUAAUACUGCGGACCCAGUUCGUAUAACUAGAUCUCAAGGAAACACCCAACUUUCUGAUUAUAAUACUACCGAUGAAUCAGAUAUAGAAUCCUUAAUUCAACCACCCAUUCUCCCUCAUGGUCUUGAUAAAAAUGACACUCGCCUGAGUGAUGGCUCUUACACAGGGGUUCCUUAUCCAAUUGAUUCCCCAGUGGUUCCUUCUCCUAUAAGUCAAAAUUUCAAUCCAGAUAUUACCUUUGAUGAUCUCAAUCAUCCUAAUUUCAGCCAACAGUCCGAUCUUGGUAGAAAUAAUAGUAUUUCAAGUGAUGCAAGUAGUAAUAUAGCUCCUCCUGAAUCUCCAAUCAAUUAUUAUAUAUCUGGGUCUAAUAAUUCAAAUCCUAAUGGUUUCUCGGAAGUCCUAGGACAACCUCCGGGACCAUUGACCGUUGGUCAGAAAUUACUGCUGAGCUCUAAAUCAUCAAUAUAUUCACCAAAUCAAACAGAUCUUGGCUUCACUCAAAAUAUUUCUAAUACUAAGAAAUUAAAUAAUAUCCAAAAUAAUGAUUCCACUGUCAAUUCGCUUCCGGGCCAAGUAAUCCAAACAGUUAAAAGUAAUAGCUCAAUCAGUUCCCGUCCAGUUCCUGCAAGUAUUGGACUGCCCUCCUCUGCAACGAUUGUAAGAGGUGGUUCAUUAGCUACUAAUGCUACAUCUAGCACUGGAGCAACUUACCCUACCAAUGCAAGCUCUUCUGGUCGAGUUCCUUUAAAGCAAAUUGAUACCUCACUGACUUUUGAUUCAUUCCCCCGCAGUAUUUCUACAUCAAGUCGUCUUUCCGGCGGUCAAAAUCAUAGUUCUAAUCAUGGACUGUUCAGUCAUCGAAAAUCCAGCUCAAUUAGCUCGUUAUUCAGCUCUAACUCCUCUAAAAAUGUCAAUUUAGCUGCUUUGAAGAAAACUUUAAACUUACAGCCUGGUGAAGGUGAACGUUCUAAUUAUGUUUUGACUCUUCGUCGAAGUCUGGGUACAGCACUUAAUGAGACCGGUCCUGGUAAGUGGAAAUUACCUACCGGUAUUCAACCGAUUGAUAAGAAUGCAACUACAUACGUAGGAUCUAAUGGAAGAUAUAUGAGAUUAGGACAAGCACAUACUCAAGGUCGCGCAAAGAAAGUGAGUGGUGUUGAAUUAAAGCAUGGUCAUUUGCAACCUCGUUUGCUUGCCACUGAGGUUAAUGAUUUGGGAGAAAAUGGAAUGGGUUCUCGUCCUAAGGCUCCAACUUCAAGAUCUUCACUUACUAACUCGAUAGGUGGAAGUAACAGUGUUAGUAAUUCAAAUGGGAUUAAUGGGUUCAAGUCUUCAAGUUCCAGUAUCAUUGGAGGAAAUACAAGUGCAUCCCUCUCCCGUAAUAGCUCUCUUGCUCGUACUGCAACUAUGGGGUCUGUAGCCACAGGGAAUGAAAGUGUUACAACGGGUCGUGAAUCAUCAGCAUCAACUAACUUCAGCUCAUCUAAAAGAACUAAUUCUAUUUCAUCUUCCUCAAGCGGCAGCUUAUCUGACUCUAAUCUUGAAAUUGGAGGUUAUUAUCAACAUCCAGGCUACAGGUAUGAUGAUGACAAUGAUCUCAAUGUUGAUCAAGAUGCUGCAGAUCUUGAUUCGAUUGGCCCAACCGAUAAAUAUGGCAAUGGUGCUUCUAAUGGCGACAAUACAGUGGUGGUCAAUGACUAUGAUGAUUACGAUGAUAAGCCAAGGUUGGUACUUGCCAAUCCCGACUAUUCAAGUGAUAGUAAUUGAUGGAAAUCCUAGCGUAUUAAGAUCGACAAUAAAUUUACUUCUUUUCUUCGCAUAUAUAUAUAUAUAUUUAUCACUAAUCUUCUUAAUGACCUUUUUUAAUAUCUAC